GGGGCCGGCGGCGAGGGCGGAAGCGUCGAGGGAGAGACGAGUUUGGCUGCUAGCUGCCGCGCUGUCGCCAUGAUCAUCCCCGUGCGCUGCUUCACGUGCGGCAAGAUCGUCGGCAACAAGUGGGAGGCCUACCUGGGGCUGCUGCAGGCCGAGUAUACCGAGGGGGACGCCCUGGAUGCGCUGGGCCUGAAGCGCUACUGCUGCCGCCGCAUGCUGCUGGCCCACGUGGACCUGAUUGAGAAGCUGCUCAACUACGCUCCGCUGGAGAAGUGACCCCGUGCCCGGCAGGCAGCAACUUGCCCACGGCUUGUUCCUGGGGGUGUGGGGAGCUGGAAGCCAUGCCUGCCUACGGCCCUGUGGGUGUGCGUCUCUCUGGAAAGAACCAUCCAGUAAAUGUUUUCGAGGACCCCAGGGAAGUCCUGACCGUU